AUGAGCCUUCUUGUAUUCGAUGGAACCAGCCUACUUUACGUUGCUACUAUUUUUCUUUUGGUUGGUUUAGUUUCCAUUAAAUUCUACUGUCUUCUAUCUUUUUCUUUUUUGAAUAUUCUCCAUAAAUUAUCAGUAAAAAGAAAUUUGAUAGAUAUGAAUCGCUUAUUAUUAUCCAAGCAAUAAAUUAUCGCUUUUAAGUUAUUUAAAUUUACAAAAUAGUGAUGUUUCAGAUGAUAAUUAUCGCCGUCAUUUUCACUCAACGACAAAUUUUACGGCUUAGGCACAAUGCUGCAAGAAUAAAGCCUCACGUGAGUUUAAAUAAUUUUUUCACAGUACAUCACGAAUGUUUAAAGUAGCCGGUCGUAUUACGCUAGUUCAAAUAGGUUUUUUGGUAAUAAAAUGAGAACUUGUGUAUGUUUUGUGCCGUAAUCUAUCUUGUAAACUCGAAAGGUUCUUAACAAAUCGAAAAAAAGAAAAAAUCAUUAAAAAAAUUUUCUGGCUCCGUAACUGACGGCGCAAUCUUAACCGUAGAACUUUCUUAACCAUGCGUGACAUUGGACAUUGUCCUGAUUGUUCCAGGUCUCCUUGGACGCCCGUAUGCUCCACAAAAAAACUAAGACGAUGCGCCAAUGUCAGUUAGAUAACGUGGAUCGACUUUGCCGCGAAUACCACCCACGUCUAACCGACUGCGUUGCUAUGAAUACUCGUUAGUAAUCUGAAUAAAAAGUUUUUUUAUUUUUCUACUUCUCGCGUUUUUCUCUUUACUGCUCUAAAUUCUCAAGCAAAAAGUUUCAAAUCGAUUUUAGAUGGUAAGAGGUCGUACGUUCCACGAAUGAUUGCCGUUGACGACAUCACCAUAGAACUGGGUAGAGAUUUAGUUCGCUCAACCAUUUCUAAGCACCUAUUUGCCUCGGAUAUAAUGCUAAAACAGAUUUUCAGCUUCGGCAUAUGGAAGGCUUGAGUAGGAAAGCUGGAGAAUCAACUCUAUGUUAUCUCAAAAGGUUUCUUCAUGUUAUUUUUAACUUUAAUAUGACGAAGUAGAUUUUCAUCUAUGUCAAUUUAGUAUUAGUAGUAAGAAUAUGGUUUACUAUUUGUCACAUGAACAAAUAUAUUCUUUUUUUGGAAAAAUAAAACGUUCAAAACGAAAUUAUAACGUUAAAGUGUAAUUUUCAUUUUUCAGGUUACGCGAAAGGGACCUAAAUUCGAUUUCAUCGAGUCUCGUUCACGAAAUUGCAUUUUUGGAGGAAUGUGCUCGGUUCCGUUCAAAUGUUUGUUUUGCUCAUUUGAUGGCAUUUUUGUUUCUUAGAAGUUUGGAGUUGAAGAGAUGAUGAGACUCCGCUCUUUAAUAUGCACUUUCAUGUCAAAGUUGCUGGCCACAUUUCCAAAACAGGUUGUAGGUGAGGAAGUUAUAAGUGGACAUUUAAAAUUGUUCAAAUUUUUCAGAAAACAAGGCUCUUAGCAGUAGCGGGAAUAGUGCCUUGCCUCAUCGACAUACAAGAACAUCACGAUUUGGAGGCAGUGACGGUUCGUUUCAAGAAGUAGUUCUGAGACAUGACAUUUUUAAAUUGAGAAAAAAAUUGUCUUUUUAUUUGAAAAGUUUCAGUGCCCAAUAUGAAUAAUUGAUUGAGGUGAAGGAGAGUAAAAUUAAUAACCGGAUAACUACCACAAAAGCAAUCGGCAUAAGUUUAUCGGUCGUUUAUUAGCUAAUAUAGAAAUAAAUAGUACGUGGGUACCACCGGAGAGGUAUAUGAAUACCUUCGUUAUUCUACCUGACGUGUGCGAUUUCUAACGAGAAAUACGGCGUAUACUAGCGUUAGCUAAUGAGCGACCACCUAUUAGCUUUGACCGGCACUUUUAUUGACCAGUGAGCAGAUCGGCAGAAAACAGUUACUCUAAAGUGUUUUAAAAUGAUUGAAAAAUCACCUAAUAUAAUUUUUGCUUCAAAACAGUUGCAAAUAGAUAAUUUUCAUAUUAUCCAGCUUUGAUUGAAGCGUAUAGUAUUUUUUGUAGGAGGGAGGCUGAUAGCGCGCGAAAACGAGGAAAGGCGUCGUCUCAUUCCAUCAAAUGAACCUUCCUCGCAUGUUCGACGUAAUAGCCACUCUCACUUUACUUGA